GGCAGAAAGAAGUGACAGUGGGGGGCCGUGGCCUCGAGCCGAGCAGGUCUGGGGCCCCCGGGAGCUGGAGAUGCAGGGACCUUCCCCGGUGUCUCCGCUGGAGCGCACCCCCCGGACGGCUACGCGGACUGUGCUCUCUGGCGCCUCUGGCUGGGAGAGGAUGCAUUUCCGUCAACAUGAGCCACCAGCUGUUUGCAGACUUGUCUCAACACAGAAAACAAACACAAAUGGGACAGUCGGGGAUCCCAAAACAAAUGACUGGACUCCGGGCCUCAGCUGCUUGGCGGUGUCCCUGUGACCCAGCCACGCAGUGUCCCCUCCGCCUGGAAUACACACCUCCUCACCCCAAGGCUCUGUGCUGCCUUGUUGGCACCCGAGGGAGCCCCGCCUCCCGCCUCCCCUGGGGCCCAUGGCCUGGCGGGGCCCCCGGAAGCAGUGGUGGGGCCACCCAGGGCUUCGCUGGCUCUGACCCAGCUCCAAGGUCACCUCUAGCCCGAGCGCCACCACCCCCACCCCAUCCCUGGGAGAGCAGCACGUGUGAAGGACAUGGGCACCCUUGGCCCUUUCAUUAGACUUUUUAAAACCAAAUGCAAAUAUUAUCAGGUGAUCUUUUUUUACCUGUUGAAAUAUGGGUGGCCAGCCUUCCACGCCCGUGGGAAAGCCACACAGGCAGCACCAUUGUUCUCCGUCCCCCCAGAUUAUUUUUUCUCAAAGCAGCAAAAGGCGAGUGUUGUUACUGAUCAGAGGAUAGCAGUUCCUGAUUCUCAUCUGAAUCCCCGAAUCCCGGUCCUCGGAGAAGCUGACCUUCAGGAUGAGGGGCGCCAGGCUGAUGGGGGCGCUGCUUGCCCUGGCCGGCCUCCUGCAGGGGGCCCUAGCCCUGAGAAUGGCGGCCUUCAACAUCCGGACCUUUGGGGAGACCAAGAUGUCCAAUGUCACUCUCUCCAAGUACAUCGUGCAGAUCCUGAGUCGUUACGACGUUGCCGUAGUCCAGGAGGUCAGAGACAGCCACCUGACAGCUGUAGGGAGGCUGCUGGACACACUCAAUCAGGACGACCCCAACGCCUACCAUUAUGUGGUCAGUGAGCCGCUGGGCCGCGGCAGCUACAAGGAACGCUACCUCUUUCUGUUCAGACCUGACCGCGUGUCUGUGCUGGACAGCUACCAGUACGACGACGGCUGCGAGCCCUGCGGGAAUGAUACCUUCAGCCGCGAGCCCGCCAUCGUCAGGUUCCACUCCCCGCUCACGGAGAUCAAGGAGUUCGCUGUCGUGCCCCUGCAUGCGGCCCCGCUGGACGCGGUGGCGGAGAUAGACGCGCUCUAUGACGUCUACCUGGAUGUCCGGCACAAGUGGGACCUGGAGGACAUCGUGCUCAUGGGUGACUUCAACGCCGGCUGCAGCUAUGUGGCCACCUCCCAGUGGUCCUCUAUCCGCCUGCGCACAAACCCGGCCUUCCAGUGGCUGAUUCCCGACACUGCGGACACCACGUCCACGUCCACGCGCUGUGCCUAUGACAGGAUUGUGGUGGCAGGAAGUCAGCUCCAGCAUGCCGUUGUGCCUGAAUCAGCCGCCCCCUUCAACUUCCAGGUGGCCUAUGGCCUCAGCAGCCAGCUGGUGGGUGUCCCUCCCUCUCGGGGCGCAGGCGGGGGGCAGUCAGCAAGUACUGUGUGGGUGUGUCCCUGUCCUCCCUCCCACAGGCCCAGGCCAUCAGUGACCACUACCCCGUGGAGGUGACGCUCAAGAGGGCCUGAGGGGAGUGGGGCUGGCGCCCCCUAGAGCCUCCCUGUCCACACAGUCAAGCAUCGUGGAUGAGGUUUUCCUGAGCACCCUCUCCCCGUGGUCCC